AUGGUACACGCUUUUGAGUUCGUGAUCUUCACAAUCAUUGUAGGAGGGAACGUUGCUCUUGGCCUGUACUUCUCCUUCCGGCGGCGAGUCGGUCACGAUGGCGGCACCGAUGAAGUGUUUCUGGGCAAGCGUUCUCUGGCCAUGUUUCCCUUGGCUGUUUCAGUGCUGGCAUCAAUGAUGUCAGCGCUGGGCAUAGUGGGUUUCACGGCACAUUACUAUGCGUACGGCAUACAUAUGAUUUGGGCAACCUUACCUAUGCUGCUUAUCAUCCCGGUCAUCACAACAAUCAUAGUGCCAGUGUUCUACAAGCUGAAGAUUACAUCAGUAUUUGAAUACCACAGAAUGCGGUUUGGCAGCGCCAUUGCAGCUGCCACAUGCGCAUUGUACUUCUUUUUUGCGCAAAGCUUGGGGGCUCUAUGUAUUUACACGGCAUCACUGGCUGUUUCAACAGUGUUUCAUUUUCCUGUAACCUGGUGUAGCCUCGUGAUCGGCUUGACUGGCACUAUAUACACUGCAUUGGGUGGCCUACGAGGUGUGGUUUGGACGGACUGUGUACAAGCACUUGUUAUUGCGGCCGCUCCAGCGACUAUUGCAAUCAAAGUGCUGUGGGAUGCCAACAAGCGACAUCUAAGGCCAAUGACAUUCGAGGACUUUAAACCAUAUGUCUUUCAGUAA